GGAAGGGUAAAAGUUGUAAUUUACCCAAAAACGAAUAUAUAUAGAAAACGCAAAAACCAGAGCGGAGCCUCGGCGACUGCCACCAGGUUUCCUUCAUUUUUCAUCAAUCGGAUAAAGUUUCAGUUUGUUCCUCAAAAUGUCUGCGGAAGAGGAAGAGAAUGCUACAGAGCUGAAAAUCGGAGACGAGUUUUUGAAGGCCAAGUGUUUAAUGAAUUGUGAAGUUGCUUUGAUUCUUGAGCACAAAUAUGAGCAGCUUCAACAAAUGUCGGAGGAUCCACUGAAUCAGGUUUCCCAAGUGUUCGAAAAGUCACUGCAGUAUGUGAAGCGCUUUAGCCGCUAUAAAAAUCCUGAUGCUGUUAGACAAGUGCGAGAAAUCCUCAGUAGAUAUCAAUUGGCUGAGUUCGAGCUUUGUGUUCUUGGCAACCUUUGCCCUGAAACAGUGGAGGAAGCUAUUGCUAUGGUACCAUCUAUUAAGACCAAAGGACGGGCUCAUGAUGACGAGGCAAUUGAGAAAAUGUUGAAUGACCUGUCACUUAUUAAGAAAUUUGAAUAGAGUAUCAGUACUGAUUCUGCACUCCAUAUGUUUUUCUAUUAUAUUUGAACAGAGUUGUAAUAGAUUACUACAUAUUUAUAUUUUUCUUAAUAUUUUAAUCAUUUUCAACCUAAAACAUAUAAAGUAAAAUGAAAAGAUUUAACUGA